GUCAGAAUGAUGACAGCUGACUUAUUGUGAUGUUAUAAAAAUCUUAACAAAAACACUGUAUUUACGUAACAAAUAACAAGUAAAUAUGUACUAAUUAAAAACCAAGAAAUAAAAAUGAGUAAGGCACUGAUAUCGGUGACUUUAAGACACCUGGAUCGAGCGGCUCCAUCUUACUUUGCCCCUACAGUCAUUGCCGCUAAAACUAUAACUUCGAAAGCAACACAGAAAAAAAUCGCAGAAUGCUGCAAUAUUCUCAAUAUUCCAAUAGACUCCAAGCAGGAUGUAGUCCGACAGGCUUUUUUGGACCUUGCCAAGAAGUAUCAUCCAGACUCUGGGUCACCAGAAGCUGACAUGGACAAGUUUGUGGCUGUAGAGAAUGCAUUCAGAGUCCUCAGUAAACAUAACACUGGAGUCAGUAACAAGGAAGAAGUUGAGAAGAUAGUGUUCGACAUAAGGCACACAGCACCACAACACAGACAGUACCUAAGCUAUGAAGGUUAUGGACAUGGAACCAUAUUCCAAAGACAGAAACAAUACACUCAGGCACGAGCAAUGAAGGCAGCCAUCAAUGUCAUGGAACAUCGCAUUGAAAAAGCUGUAGCUUCUGACAAAACCCUCAUGAAGAAAGGACAAGGAUAUAGUAAGAAACAUGAUAUCAAAACAAAAUAUGGUUUUGAUAGACUGGUUGAAGAUUUAAUACAAGAAUCAAUGUCUAAAGGUGAAUUUGAAAAUCUUAGUGGUAAAGGAAAGCCUUUGAAGAAUCAAAACAAUAAUCCUUAUGUUGAUUUUACUACACACAAGUUGAAUGAGGUACUUAUAAACAAUGGAUUUACACCUGAAUGGAUAACUUUGGCCAAAGAAAUAGACCAAGAGAUAGACAGCUUAAAAGAAGAAAUCCGUUCAGACAGAAUGUACCUUGGUCCUUAUCCAUUGAAAGAAGAGGAUGUUGCCAAAUGGGAAAGAAUAUAUGAAAGUAAUAAAGAACUGGCGUCAUCUAUCAAUAUGAAGAUAAACAAAUAUAAUCUUAUAGUUCCUUUGAUGAACAAACAGAAGUUUCAUGUAGAAUUUGAUAAAAUAUGUGAUGAAAUUCUGAAGAACGGACUUCAUUCUGUUGCUAGGGUAGAAAAAGAGAACAUUGAUGUUGCGAAAAAAAAUGAAUACGCUAGUAAUGAUAGUGACGAUUUAUUCGGGAUAUUUUUCAAAGGUUUAGGUGAUUUGAUUAUGUUUAAAGAUAAAAAUAAAUCUUGAUCACUCAAUUUGAUAUUUAAGUGCAAAAUAAACAUACAAAAAAUUUGUAUAUGACG